AUGAAGUCCGUUGUGAUCAUCGCCCUUCUCGUCGUUGCCGCCUUCGCCCAAUACCAAACCAGCCAAUACGGGUACGGCCAAAACCAGCAGUACCAGACAACCCGCGGUUACACCAAUCAGAACCAGCAGUACCCAUACAACACGCAAUCGCAGCAAUACAAUCAGCAAUACGGACAGACGACACCAAACUACAACAGCCAAUACGGCUACUCGUCGACUCAGGGACGAUUCUUCGAUCCGGCGUUCAAUUCGGUCUCCAAAGCUUCGGCCAUCGUCUCGCUGUUCGCCGCCGCCGCGGCUCUCUUGUAA